AUGGAGAUCAAACAUAUAUUGGGAUUGUUGUUUAUGUGUGUUUGUGUAAAUGGACAGAUAUUGGGAUUACAAAGACUACCGACGGCGCCCUUUGAUCAGGAGUUGUAUAAAUCUGUGUUAGAUUCUGAAUUAUGUCAAGAGCAAAUAGCGCGUUUGGUGUGGAGAGAACAGCUUACGUUGCUCCAAUUCAUUGACUCCGGAUUUCGACUACCGUCCGGACUUUUAGGAGGCAAUGCGCACCAUUUAGGCAAUUACUACCAAUGUCUGGACAUAUACAAAGAGAUAGAGGGGCGUCCCCCUAUAAGAGGGAAAUAUUCAUACAUAGCGGUCCCUCUUGGCCAGAACUUUGAAUUACCGUUCAUUGGUCAAACAAAUGGUUUAGAAUUAAUGGAAAAUGAACUGCGUUUGAUGAGCGAAAACCCAGACAAAGCGUCAAGGCUUUUGGAUGACCUCGAUAUAAUAUUAGAGUUGGCUGCGAGUGUUUACUUAAAAUUCGGAAUAUGUAUACCAGCCUCCUGUACAGCUCAGGAAUGGAUGACUCAUAUAUUCUUCAAUAUUACGAUGUUUGGUUUCAAAUUUGAAGAAGAAUUUGUUCGUCUACCAAACGACAAGCAGUGGGUUGCCGCAGAUUGGGUCGGCGUCGCCGUGUUUGGUUUGCUUGCUGUUCUGACGAUACUAAGUACGAGUUAUGAUCUCCACAAUACGUUUACACUUAAAAAAGAUCCCAAGCAAAUAAAUCCAAUAUACAGCAGUUUUUCGGUGUACACAAACGCAAGGCGUCUAACCACGUUUUCAACAAGUAGCAACGCUCUCGAAUGCUUGGACGGAAUCCGUGCAAUCUCUAUGAUUUGGGUCAUCCUAGGACAUACGUUCACCACGUCAAACCAUUUUGUGAAUCUCUUAUAUAUAUUAGAUUUUUUAGUCUCUGAAAAUUCAGUUUGGAUUGCGACUGGCGUGUUUGCUGUGGACACGUUUUUCUUGAUGACUGGUCUUCUCUUAGUUUAUACAUCUAUUGGUCGAAUGAAAUCAAUGCAAUUAUUAAAAGGCCUACACAUGUUUUAUAUACAACGAAUUCUGCGACUCUUUCCUUUAUUGGGCGCGAUCAUUCUUCUAGAAGCUUCGUUCUUCCAUAGAAUUACAGAUGGACCAUUCUGGAUGUCUGUUGCAACAAAUACGGAUAGAUGUAGAACUAAUUGGUGGUCUACAUUGUUGUAUAUACAAAAUUAUGUACAUCCUAUAGAAACUUGCAUAGAGCACUCAUGGUACCUAGCAAUAGACAUGCAAUUACAUAUAAUAUCGCCUUUAGUUUUAUUCUGGGUAUUAAGUGGAAAACGAAAACUGAUAUGGACGGGACUAUUGGGUGGCCUUCUAGCUAUUUUAACUGCUUCCACUAUUUUCAACUUUAUGCUGAAUAUGCAGUCAAGCAACGCAAGUAUUAUUCGUGUGGAAGAAAUGGAUUAUUACAUGACAAAUUACUACAAAAAUACAUUAACACGAGCUUCGCCAUUUUUCUACGGAAUGAUUUUGGGAUAUAUCCUCAGUGAACUGAAAGGUCAAAAAGUCAAAAUUCGUUGGUAUGUCGCGGGUAUAUUUUGGAUAGUAUCUUUAGGGAUGUUCGCUGUUAUAUUUUACUUUACGUACAGAAUAAUGCAGUUGGAUUGGAAUAACCAGCUAUUUGAUAAUUUAUUCAAUUCUUUCUCGAGAACAAUUUGGUCGUUGGCACUGUCAUGGCUGAUUUUUGCCUGCGUGCAUGGAUAUGGAGGUCCGAUAAACUGGUUCCUAUCACUUCCAAUGUGGAAGCUGCCAUCUCGGAUAUCUUACGCAAUGUAUCUCUACCACUACUCCAUUCUGUUCAUCGCCGCUGGUACGAAGACUGAACCUUUUUACUUCACACCAGAAAAAGCGUUGUUUAACACGCUUGCUCACUUUUCGUUUUCUUUUCUGAUUUGUUUCGCAUUAACCGUCGUUAUUGAUGCACCAUUCUCGACUCUUACGAAGGCAGCACUAGGAGGAGGAGUAAAGAAAAGGCCUCCACCGCAAAAAAUAGAACCUGAAACAAAAAAGGACCCAGAAGGUGUACCUGAAACUACCAAGGAGACUAAGGCUGAAGAUAAAUCUAAUUAA